AUGGCAUCUAUGGGGCGACCCUUUUGCACACCACUGGCCAGCGCUGAUAUGAUAGUGGCGACGGCCGGUGUCACCGACAACUGGUGGAUAAGCCCCCGGAGGCUACACUCGGACACCACUCUGUCCGCACUAAUGAAUAUUAUUUUAAUGCUGUCAUCAAUAGGAACGUAUAAACACGUACUGUACCAGAACAUGGAUAAAAUACAACUAAAAGACCUGGAUAUUAGUCUGGAGGGCAACAAACGGAACUACAUAUCGGGCGACACAGUGUAUGGUACGGUGGGCUUCACAGUAACCGGUGGGCAAAUGGAGGUG